AUGUUGGUUGUAGAAAAUAAAGAAAAAUCAUUGUUUGCAUAUUGGUUGCCAUCAGAAAGAUUUAUUGACGAUAAUGAUGAGCAAAUAUCAUAUAUGCCUUUUGGUUAUUAUGCUAAAAAGAUAUUAAAGCCCACUAAUGAUGCGAUGAAAGAAUGUAUGAAAGACUGUGUAGCGGAAGCUAGUAUAUUGGAAAGACUAUCAUCAUUAGUCUCAGCUUAUUAUAUAAUAGUUGGUAUAGGUUCUGGAAUAGCAAGGAUAUAUACACCAUCCUCAUGUACUGACUGGCCGUAUGUGUCCGUUUUAUUAGCUUGGACAUUUGUAGUAAUUUUUAAAAGAUCAAUCUGUGGAAGGUUAAUAGUGAAAAGUCCUAGUGAUAUGUUGAACGAGUUCGUAAAUGCUAAAAAGUUAGUAUUAAAUGAACAAUUAAUUGUAAAAGAUCUUAGUGAAAAAGAUCUAAUACGUAAACGAACAUUGGUUAUAUUUAUUGGUAUAAUAACAAUUCUAUUUCCUUGGCUAUCAAUACUUAUGGCUUAUUAUACUCCUCCU